GUCCAUUUUAACCUUUCCUGGCCGGGCCUACUUUAGGGCUACACGCUCCUCUUUCCUCGUCAGCUGAAAAUCCAUGGCGAAUCAGCUCUACGGCUACUCCGCCCGCGGUUACGGCAGCGGCGCCGGGUCCGGUGCCGGCGAAACUACCACCAGCCUCUACACCUCUCGCUCGGGAGCCGAUUCCUACCUCUCCGGCGGCACUCCGUUGCUCGGAACUUCCUCCAGGUACCUAACUGGCGACUCUCUCUCCUCCUCAUCCGCUCUGUCCUCUUCAUUGCUCUACAACCCCGACAGCUACUCUGCUAGGAUCUCCGGCCUAUCCAUUACCACUCCCACGCACUCCUAUGCCCCUCCUGCUGUCGAUGCGGCUGCCGACUCCCUUUACGCCGGCGUGAAGCGUACUUCAGCUGAGUCACUCUACCACCAGACUCUUUUGAGUGCCCAUAACAAGAUUGAGCAAACUGAAGCUUGGUAUUCAGCAAACUCUCUAUCUAAGCGCCCUAGAUCUGAGAGUAUGAGCCAUUUGCCUGUUUAUCCCCAGAGGCCUGGAGAGAAGGAUUGUGCCUAUUAUAUGCAAACGAGAACCUGUAAGUUUGGGGAGACCUGCAAGUUUGACCAUCCUAUUUGGGUUCCAGAAGGGGGAAUCCAAGAUUGGAAAGAGGUUCCCCCCUUGCCAAGCGAAGCCCUUCCUGAGAGACCGGGGGAGCCCGAUUGCCCUUACUUUCUCAAGACCCAAAGAUGUAAGUUUGGUAUCAACUGCAAAUUCAACCACCCUAAAGAUAGAAUUGCACCUCCAGGUGCCACGGAGGAGGGUGAUGUCUCUAUCCUACCUGAGAGGCCAUCAGAGCCUCCAUGUACUUUCUACAUGAAGACUGGAAAAUGCAAAUUUGGUUCAACCUGCAAAUUUCACCACCCCAAAGGUGUACAAAUAUCAUCAGGGGAAGGAAAUGAGGUGCAGAACAAAAUAUUUGGAGAUAUAAAGACAUUGCAGCAGACUUUUGCCCCAGCUUUGCUUCAUAACACCAAAGGCCUUCCCAUCAGACCGGGUGAAGAAGAUUGUCCAUUCUAUCUGAAAACUGGCAGCUGUAAGUAUGGGGUCACUUGCCGCUACAACCAUCCAGAUAGAUAUUCUAUUGCUCCUUCUCUGCUGACGUCUCCUGCAACACAUUACAACUUUGGCCUGGUUGCUCCUACUGCAUCUUUGACUCAGACAACGCUUGGACUUGGAGUUGGACUUGGUCCAACUAUUUAUCCUCAGCGGCCUGGGCAGAUUGAGUGUGAUUAUUACAUGAAAACUGGGGCAUGCAAGUUUGGAAAUAGCUGCAAGUUUCACCAUCCUAUUGAUCGUGCAAACCCCAAAGCACCGGCUGCUGUAUCUCAGCAGGAAAAUGUGAAGCUCACUCUUGCAGGCCUCCCUAGAAGAGAGGGUUCGAUACACUGCCCUUAUUACAUGAAAACCGGGACUUGCAAAUUCGGAGCAACAUGCAAGUUUGACCACCCACCCCCAGGUGAGGUUUUGACUAGUGCAACAUCUCAAGGGGUCUCAUCUACAGCUGUGGGUGAAGAGAAAGAAAAUGGUGCUGGUUAAAUGUUUAGUGGCACACCACAAGUUUUGUUAAGAGAAUCCCAUCUUUUUGUUACUCUGUUUUGCGGAAUCUAGUUAGAUUUGAGUUGUAUUGUGUUGAUAUGAUAAUAUAUAAGUUCGUUCGUUGGUUCUUUCUUGCGUGCUUGUCCUCUGGACCUGUCAGUUCGUUUUAUUAAUAUUUUAAUAAUGGUUUUUAGAAGAAAAGUCUAUUAGUU